AAUGCAGUUGAUGGGAGAAUGUAUGUGACGAGCUUUCGAAUAAUAAUGGUUUAGUUGACAUGGUUUUGCGUGGAGUUAGGAAGUGUAUUUGAAUGAUAUUUUUCGUCAAUAGUGUCUUAGACAAUGGAAUUGGAGAAUCGGGCUGUUCUUGUUGAAAAUAAUAUUGGCUUUUAAUGACAGUAGAGGGAUAUUUAGAACAAAUUGUUUGGCAGGGUAUAUAGAAUGUAAGGCAAGUUAUUGAUUUGUGCUCACUUGAUAUAUUUCUGUUUUCGGUAGAGUUUCUCCAGGAACCAAUAUUAAACAGAUCCAGGGAUUUCAUUGUGUUGUGGAAACAUGCUAGGCAUAUAUAUACUUCAAGAAAAACAUACAUGUCACAAAUAUGUAUGAAUUAACAAGCUUUUGUUUACAUUUUGAAGAUAUUAUAUUUUAAAGAAAGUGACAAUUAUGUAAAGCAGACUUAACUUUCAUAGGCUGUAUGAAAUGACAGGUACAUGGUGUUCUAAUAAAGUUUUACAAAUGAUCAAUAUUUGCCUUUAAAAGUAUCUAUAGUCGGGUACACAAAGAAACAUAUUAAUUUGUUUACAUUUUAAUCCUUAGCCGGUUUAGAAGGCUGAUCUGUCUUUUAAUAGAUAUUACGAUAUAAUCAUAUCCGGAGAGAUUUUCAAAACUGAUAUUUCAUAUGGAAAUAAGUAUUCAUUUUGCGGAUUCAAGCCUGAUCAAGUCGAGUGUAUUGGCUGAUCUGCAUGGAUAACUACACACAAAGUCUUUUCAUUUAGAGUUGUCAAUGUAUACAAAGACCACUAUUGAAAAAUUGUAAAGGUAGCUCUCACAAAUUAUUUAUCCUGUACAGUGUUGGUUACCAACGAUCGUUUCACAACAUUGGAGCGAGAAAGACUUACCGAACAGUAAUACGCUAAUAUUUUAUGGACACUUUAGUUUCACCUUAACAUGUGCGACUGUUCAUAAGUGACAUGAGUACAUAGAUAUAAACUACUCCUUUAUUUGUAUUUGUGAAUGGUCUGUUUAACAUGACAUUUGUAGUAUAGUAAAAUUUGGGAAAAAUGAUAAGAUGGUGAACUAAAUUACUUGCAUAUACUACAUGUUUUAACCUGGAUAAGCAAUAUUACAUAUCUGGAUAAUGAAGACAAUGGUAAAUAAUCUUGAUUAAUGAUUAAGGUUGCAAGGAAUUACAGCAAUGUCUAGGAUGUAGACAUAAUCUAGAGUACAGAUGAGUGCAGUGUAGUAUCAAAACACGUGGUGAAUCAAGGUAGAUUUUUGUGGGCGGGAGAAAGUUUUCUGUCUUUCUGCCACACGUGGAGAUAUGAAUGAACAGUUAUGAUGAAAGAUCAAAAACCAUUAAGGUCACUCCUUAGGAUAAAGGCUCUAGACCACAAAGGGCACUAUACCUACUGAGUAAUGUAGUAAACAAAACUGCUAUAGGAGUGUGGCUGUAUUAUAUAAUGAGAACAUUUGUUGUUUGGACCAUUUCAGAGAUGCUUGAAAUUUGAAAAACUGUUAUAGUGAAUUAUUUGAAGGCAAAUAUCAGGAAAUUUAUUUCUUUGUGUAGAAAUUAUCAUUGUUAUUUUAAAGUCAAUGUGACAUACCAGAUUUUUCAUGGCAGUGAAUGUAAUGAUAAUAUUAAACAUUUAACAAGCUUGAUUUUUAUCAUUCUAUGGUCAUUGCUGGAGGCAUUUAUUGAUGAUUUUAGAGAUUUUUUAACAGCUUGCCUAUACCCUGUUAAUCAUUGAUCAGAUCAGGGUCAUCUGAGCUCUUUGUGUGAUCAUUUCCGAUCUAUUGUGUGAAAGUUAACCAAGCUCGGAGGCAGGUGGGAAAAUUUGGUGGUAUAGUGACUUGUUUAGUAGAGCAAAGAUUACACAGACAUGGUCAGGAAUAAUUUACAAGUUAAUCAUUUGAAACAGUCAUUUAUAAGUUCAAAUUGAGAGAUUUGCCCCAGGGUGAAAAGAUUUGAAAUUAAGUUGCAAAUUUAUGACAGUUAUCUGAAAUACAUAGCAAUCAUUUGGAGUAAAUUUACAAGUAUGUGUAAAAUUCAUGAACCAUUCUUCAUUGAAAUGUCAGUGCUCAGGAUUUCACUUAAAGGACACGUAUGUGAAAUAGCUUAAAAACUGACACAAGGAUAUUUUUAGUAGGGACGUAUGAUAGCAUAUGAAAAUUAGUCAAGAAGUGACAUGAUUUAACACAGGUCGCAAAAAUUAGUAAUGUGUAAAGCAGGUAACAAAAUAACAUAAGUACAUGUUAACUAGACGUGAACGAAUGAUAAUUCAUUUUGCGUAUAAAUUAUUGAAUUCAAGUGCCCUGAAUGUUAAAGUGAUGUGGUACUUAGAAAUAAAAUUGACUUUAAUGUCAUGAUAACUGACAUUAUCAUUUCAGUGCUCUAAGGUACAUAUAUGAUUUAAACUGACGGAGCAAUAAAAGAGGAAAGAAAAACAACUAAGAACAACUGGAGUAUUGUGAACUUUUAAAAAGGAUAAGUUGAAGCAGGACAUUUAAGUUGAAUUGAUACUGUCGUCUAAUCAGAUAAAUGCUCGUGACGAAUUAACAGUUUGAGGAUUUAUUUAACAGUAAUCUCAGUAACUGUUUGGUUUAUAUACAUGGAUUGAGUUGAUUAUGCAGACAAUGUUGCCUGUAAAACGAGUUUCGGUGAGCGCUGCCGUGGAGAUAAUUCGGGAGGAGGUUCCACCUCUAUCUCUGUCACCUGUUCAAUAUGACACACUUCCCACUUGUAAGAAAUGUCAACGAGAGCGGACUCGUAAUCGAGAUUUCAAACAAAACAAGAAAGGGAAACGUAAGCAGAAUCGUGCAAAUACUCCGAUUGUCAUCCAGCUAAAAGAUACGCUAAAGGCAGCGAUACAGCAGAAACAGAAAAGUAAACGAAACUUGCUUCAGAAGCAAGAAUCAAAUGAAAAUCGUGAUGAAGGAGAUGUAGAGACAGAUAACAGUUCAGAUCGAGGUGAUACAGUUUUAAAUAAAAAUAGGCAGCGGAAAAAUGUAAAGAAUUUUAGUGCCUUUAUAGAGAAAUCAAACAAAAGAGAAACAGCUCGUAAUGUUCAGAGCAAUCUCAUUGAAGAUAAUCCGUUUAAUGAAAAACUUGUAGCAGAGUUUGUUCUAAACAAUAUCACAGACUCGCAAAUGCUCAUGAAAACAUGCCACAAGAAAAGCAUUGUAGAGUGUGAAAAUGUUGAUGUUAUUUGUAAUGAUUUGAAUAGUAACGAGUCUCCUAUAGAGGAUACAGAAGAGAGUGAGAUAUCAUCAACAACAUCAAGCUCAGAAAUCCAGUCUGAUUCAGAUGUUUCAAAUCCACAAGACAGUCCCAUUAGUCAAGAGUUUACACAAGAAGAACUCUUGCAGCUUGCAGAGUAUACAACUGGUUGUCCCCUAGUUCGCUAUGAUUGUGCACCUUCUAAUUGUCCAGAGUGCUUGUGGUAUAAGGAGCAUGUUAAAAUAUCCCAGGGUCAGAAAUAUCACCAUGCUCAAGGGUCGCAUUCAACCAGAUGUUUUUCGCAACCGCAUCAUUCGUACAGCAAAAAUCGUCACAACAAAUCCAAGAAAUUUGCUCAUCAAAACCAGAACGUGCCUUCCCAGAAGUCAUCUGCAACUGUUAAAAUCAAUAACAUAUCAAACGCUGAAAGCGACAUAGAUGACUUUAAGUCUGAUUGUCCUUCAGAAACUUCCGUAGAUACGGACACGGGACCACUAGAGAGUACUUCACCUGUGUCUAAACGUAGCUCGUUCAGUUGGUCAAGUCGAGGAGACUUUAAUUCCCAUAAACAAUUAUUAGACAUAGAUAUUGCCGGUAAGCAGAAAAAGGCAGUGUUUACACCAGGACACAAUGACCUAUAUCUGGACAGUGUAUACAUCGAUCUUACAGACACUGACGUGACAUUUAGUGUCUACUACCACCAUAGUUUAACGGAGGAUGAAUCUGUGUAUUCAGGAAGCUAUGCUAGAUACACAUCCUCAAAUAUCACAGGGACACACCAUCAUGACUUCAUGCCUUAUUACACUGUGCCAUAUUUUCAACAAUACAUGUACUGGUCUGGUUAUUAUACCCCAAUGUACAGUAUACCAAUGCCAUUCUAUCUACAACCAGAUGAAUCUCUCCCAAAGACAGCCAUGGUGCCUCCAAAGGAGCUAGCCAAAUUUAAUGCCAGUGCCCCUCCACAGAGACAGUGGAUACCCCUGUCCAGGCCAGAACCAGGGCGACCAGCAGCAAUUUUCACUGUGAUGUGUUACAAUGUGUUGUGUGACAAGUACUGUACACGGCAACAGUAUGGCUAUUGUCCAUCAUGGGGCCUAAACUGGGAAUACAGAAAGAAAGGCAUCAUGGAUGAAAUACGUACAUGUGCAGCAGACAUCAUUAGCCUUCAGGAAGUUGAAACUGAUCAGUUCUUCAACUUCUUCAAACCCGAGUUGGAGCGGGAUGGCUAUCAGGGUAUAUUUUCACCAAAAUCUCGUGCAAGAACCAUGACAGAACAGGAGCGGAAACAUGUUGAUGGCUGUGCUAUAUUCUUCAGGACAUCAAAAUUUAGCCUUGUGAAGGAGCACCUUAUAGAGUUUAAUCAGCUUGCAAUGGCAAAUGCGGAAGGUUCUGAUCAGAUGUUAAAUCGUGUCAUGACCAAGGAUAACAUUGGCCUUGCAGCGUUACUGGAAACUCGGGAAGGUGUUUUCGAUAGCAGCGGUGGUCUGCCCCCUGAAGGAAAAAUCAAACAGCCCCUCCUUGUUACCACAGCUCACAUGCACUGGGACCCCGAAUUCUCAGACGUCAAACUCAUUCAAACGAUGAUGCUCAUGUCGGAGCUAAAAAAGGUCGUCGAAGAAAGCUACCUGGUCAUACGUCCAGACUUUACCGGGCAGACGGUCGACUGUAAUUCCAUACCCAUGAUACUUUGUGGUGAUCUCAAUUCUCUCCCAGAAUCAGGUGUAAUAGAGUACUUGUCUACUGGUCGUGUAGCCAGCAAUCAUAUAGAUUUCAAGGAGCUAGGCUACGAGGCGUGUCUGCAAGUAUUUAACUCUCACAAGGAAACAAGCUCCCAUCUCAUGCACAAGUUCCGUCUUGCAAAGGCGUAUGAAGAUAAUAUCAUGCGACAUACAAAUUAUACAUUUGAUUUCAAGGGAAUCAUUGAUUACAUUUUCUACUCACGCCAUUACAUGAAUCUUCUCGGAGUUCUCGGCCCUAUGGAUGAGAACUGGUUCCAUGAAAACAAAGUUGUUGGCUGCCCACAUCCGCAUAUCCCAUCGGAUCAUUUCUCAUUAUUCGUAGAAUUCGAGAUGCCUGUUCCGUACCCAGAUAUCAGUACGAUACUGAAUGACGAUACACCAGUGACUACGAGCAGCGGAAACAGUCUAGGUGCAAUCGGAUCGUCACGAGACAAACACCACAGAUAGCACUAACCUUAACAAAAAUCAGCCAUGCAUGUCGUAUUUCAUGUAUACAAUCACACAUUGUCUCAACUGCUUUGGUGAAAUGUUGCUCAGAUCACACAACUCUGGCUAAAGUCCUGAAACAUUGAAUAUUUAAUUAUUUUAGUCAGUGGUUUACCAAUCAUUCCAGACAUAGAACUAUAAUUGUAAAUAAUUAUCCGGACAAUCUAGGAGAUAUUGAGGAUCCACCAGGUUGUGAUUCCUCCUUGAAAAUAUGUUGAAAACUUUUUGCUAAUCUGAUACAAGGGACCUCUGUGGCAUAUUGGUUAUGGUUACUUGCCCCUUCCAACAAUAGGUUCAAACCUUACUAAAAGUAAAGAAUACUUCAUAUGAGCAAACCUCCUAGCUGGCUUAAGAAAAGUCAGUGAAUCUACUCAGGUGCCUGUCUGUAAAGAAACAAUGCCUAGAAAAGGCACCUUUGGUCUUCCUCCAGCAUCAAAGGCCAGAACGGUAAAAUAUGACUUACAGUUACGCUGAUGUGAUGUUUAACCUAACAAAAAGAAACAAGAAACUUAAUAUGCCUAUUAUCCUAAUAUGGCUUACCAAAAAUGUGGCACAACAACUGUGUCCAAUUUUAUAAAGUUUUAAGACCAGUCGCAACUCCAGCCUCUGAUUGGCUGAUUUAAAACUGUUAAAACUAAAUCCUAAUACUGACCCAUUGCAAGGCUGCAGACAGAAACUGUUCUCCAGACAAAUAUCUUUCAACCAGGUUGUUGAAUUGCCCCAGACUUUUUUUUUUAUUCAGGUCAUUAUGUCGGUUUCAAGUUGUAUUUCCCACAGGCAAAAAAAAUCUUACAGACACCAGUGUGAUGUUUUGAGGUCUAAAAGAUACUAUCUUGUCAUGGAUUACUUUCAAAUUGGUUCAUCACAUAAUAAUUUGGGUUCAUUGGCUGCUGUACCUGAUGAGUUUGUCUAUACGUUAAAGUUUUGAAAGGCUUCAGGAAACCAAAUCAGUAGUAAAUCUGAUUUUAAGUGAACCACUGUUGAGAUGAAAGUUGUCUAUGCUAUGGGUCAUUUACCUGUAAUCUUGACAAAGGUUUCGCCUUUGCUGGAGGAUAUCAAUUAACAGAAUAGAUGCUGCAUUUAUUUUAACAGAUUAAGAUGCAUAUACUAGGGCAUUUUUCUACUACAAGUCAUUCAACUUAGAUCUAGAUCUAAGCUUUGUUUACUGCAUAGUUUCAUUUGUUAUGCAUGGAAAUGUAAUAUGUUGCUUUUGGCCAUUCCAUUAUCUAAACAGGAGAUAGCGAUUUUUUACCAUUUUAAAAGUACAGAAACUAUCAAAAGUUUGAAUAAGAACUUCAUUGAAUAAAAUGUUUAUGACAAUUGUCAGUAGGCUUUGACUUAAAGGAACUUUUAAAGAUAACAUAGGUCAAAAUAAAACAAUAAAAUGUCUCAUACUUAACUUUUUACACUCAUUCAUAACCCCAACCUGCUAAUAUCUUUUACAGAUUUGGUAAAAAAAAAAGUGGAGAAAAAAAAGUUAAUGGAGAAAUUGUUACAUUUCACAUGUUAAUAGCAGAUGAAUUAUUUUGAACUGCCCGGAAUGACAUAUCUUCAGUUUUAAAGAAAACACUGUUGAUUACAUUUCCUGAGAUAAUUAACAAUAAAUUAUAGAUAGAAGUGACAGAAGAACAUGUUUUGUAUGAAAGGUUUCCCAUGUUAGACUGGUAUCUGUCAUAAUUAUUGAUAUUGUUGCGCUUUUUGCCUGUGACACAAAUUUUCAUGUUGCAAUUCAGCUAUAUUUUUUUAUGAUUGAUACAAAAUAAUUUGAGAAAAUUAACAAGGUUUUGUAAUUUUAUUAAUGUCAUAAAACUAGAUGUGUCUGGCAGGCAGUUGAGCAGAUUUAAAUGAAGCCUUUAUUCAGCAGUUUUCCAUUGUUUUCAUGAAAUAAAAACAGCAGUCAAAACUUGGUGGAAUUAGACUUUUUAUGUUCAAAGAAAUAUUACCUAGAUAGAAUAAACCUGUUGAGACAAAGUUUGGUUGUACAUGUGAAAAAAGAUUGUAUACAUUUAUUCAACACUGAUUUUUUAAAAGCAGUUGUUGUUUUUUCUAUCACCUCAAGCAUUAUGAACACCCAAAUUGUAAUAUGCAGCUACAGCAGGUAAAUCAGGUAGAGGUUACACUAUCACAAAGUGUCUUAACCUGUGAAAAUACUAUUGUGUUCACCCCUCCUCAUAAUCAUGGAACAGUCCACUCAGGGGAAGUUACUCUCGUAGAUUGAAGCAAACUAUUAUUUUGGGGUUGUUUUUUUUUCCAAUACAUUGUAUGAGGACUUGAAUUGUCAUUACGGUUUCUUUCAUGAAGUGGGUGGGAUAUAAAAAUUGUAGAUGUAAAUUCCAAUUCAUCAUAAGAUUAGGAGGUUAUUUGUGGUUUAUUAAGUUUGAUAUUUUGAACUUGGCAGCUCUAAAUUAUGAGGUAACAUUUCCACAGGGACUGUAGGGCUUCACAUUGACUUUCAUCUUACUCAGUUCAAAUAUACUCACAAGGCACACAGAUAACUAAACUGUGAGAACAAACUUUUUGAAGAAAAAACAAAUGCCAGCUUUAAUGUUUUAUUCAAAUGGGUGGUGGUUUUUAUUUGAAAUGUAAGGACCACCAAAAAAAGACAUAAAGAUGAACUUUAAAAAUGAAGUAUGCUUGUCGCUUUAGUAUAAGGUAUGAUUAGUAUUAAAUAUUAACUAAUUUUUGUUUUCACUGCCCUUGCUAUUCUUGUUUGAACAAAGGUAUAUUAUCCUGCCAUGGUAGAGUGAUGUUUAACAUACAUGAAAGAAAAUACAAAACACUAGCGUGAUUGUGUUGAAAUAAAACCAAUCUUGCAUGACUGUGUGAUGGUAAACUUGUGCAGUGUGAGUCGUCUUUAGUCCAAAAAAUAGAAACAUCAGCAAAAGUGCUAAAAAUAGUUCAGUAUAACAGUAAAGCCUUCUUUAUAAAUAUAUUGGUAGAUGCUGUAAGGGUCUCAGCUUGUGCAUUGGGAAAGAAUACUUAUCCUUUAUUUUGAGUAAUAUCUAAAUUAUUCUGGGAUAUUUUUAAGACAGAUGAUUGUAGAAGGCACAGUCUGUGCAUGUUACCUAUAAUUAUGAUGUUACAUUUCUGGUACAUACUUGAUCAGUUAAUUUAUUUUUAACAUGUUUUUAUGUAAAAGAGAUAUACCUGUAUCUUGUAUGGUAGUGAAUGUUCAUCUAGAACAGUGUGUCUCUUCAUCAGAUUUUAAAAUUUUAAAUUGUUUGUACACAAGUUAAAGCAUCAUGAGAACAACCCUCUUAGCUAUAUUGAAAAAGAUGAAAUAAUUUGACACAAGAUCUGAAUGGUUCCGCAAUUGCAGCUAUCAUAAAACCAUUGAUCUGAGCAUUGUUUUUGAAUUUUCUAUAACCAUCAGUAUGUAAUUAAUCCCUGGUACAUUAAUGGGUAAAUUCGGCUCUUGUAUUUCCUUGUUCUUUUUAUGAAUAUAUAAUCUGAUAGCAGUGGAAUUAUUAUUUUUAACAAUUGUUCUGUUUAGUUCUGUUCAGAAACGAAGAAUAAAACACCACUUUUGAAAUAGAAACAAGGAUCACAUCCAAGGAUUGUUUUCACUUUUAAAGUGUGUGUGUUUGCUUUUAUUCAACUUAAUUUCUGCUUGAUAGAUAGCGCUUAUUAAUGAAAUUGUGUUUUCAUCUUUGCUGUGAUGCUCUCUAUAUAGUGGAAAACGGUUACAUAUUUCUUCUCUGUACAUAAGUAUUAUGAUUUUACAGUUUUUUUUUAAUCUUUAUUGGACUUUGUUUUUAUCUAUCACUUCAAAUGUGUCAUUUAUUUGAUAUUUAUUACAGACAUAUUAAUUUGUAUUGGAUAGAAAAUGUUUUUCAUCAUAGAAAUUAGAUAAAAUUACUGUAUUUUUUUUUUAGCAAAGUUUAAAAUGCAAAUCAACUGUGUAAAACCUAACAUUUUUUCAGGACAUUUCUCUGUUAUUUGCUCAAACUUUUCAUACUCCAGGUUCAAAGGUUAUAAACAUUGAGUUUGGAGCCCAGUCUCACAACUCAAGCCUCUGAUUGGCUAAUUCUGAUCUCAUUGUAGAAACUGACCAAUCACAGAGCUGCAUUCUGAGGUUGGUUUACAAACUGAAGAUUAUAACUUCAGACCAAAAGAUAUGUUCUGACAUUGUUUUCUACGUUUUUUGUCUUCAUUAU